GAACGCGCAGCCGGGAGAGCCGAGUCUCCUGCCUCCCGCCCCCUACCACUCCAGCGCCUGCUCCUCCUCCGUUCCCCAUACACAGACACGCUCACACCCGCUCCUUCACUCGCACACACAGACACACGCGCGCUCACACGCUCCGCACACACACUCCACUCUCUCCCGCGCGCUCACACCCCUCUCUCCCGGCGCCCUCGCCGGUGCCGCGCGGCGCCGCAGCCGGACGCCCCUCCUGGGCUCACUUUGCAACGCUGACAGAGCGGGCAGUGGCCGUGGAGGUGGGAACCGCAGCGACAUUCUACCCCCGGGUCGCAGCAGGAGACUGGACGCCGGCGGAACCUCUCGGCGGCGCUCUCCCAUGAGUUGGGAUCGCAGCAUCCCCCGCCAGCCGCUCACCGCUUCUGGGAGCCGCUGGGCUUGUGCACCGCAGCCCUUCCGGGACAGCAGCUGUGACUCUCCCCCAGUCCAGAUUUCGGGGCUGCUCUCUAGAAACUCGCUCUAAAGACGGAACCGCCACAGCACCCAAAGCCCACUGCGGGAGAGCGCAGCCCGACGAGCCCGGGCUCUGAGCCUGAAUCCUCAGCAGAGCCGGGCUGCACAGCGACUGCUUCGCCUAGUCCGACGUCCCUGCCUCCUACACUCUCAGCCUCCGCUGGAGAGACCCCCAGCCCCACCAUUCAGCGCGCAAGAUACCCUCCAGAUAUGCCCUGCGUGCAAGCCCAAUAUAGCCCUUCGCCUCCGGGGUCCACUUAUGCCACGCAGACCUAUGGCUCGGAAUACACCACAGAAAUCAUGAACCCCGAUUACGCCAAGCUGACCAUGGACCUCGGUAGCACAGGGAUCAUGGCCACUGCCACGACGUCCCUGCCCAGCUUCAGUACCUUCAUGGAGGGCUACCCCAGUAGCUGCGAACUCAAGCCCUCCUGCCUGUACCAAAUGCCGCCUUCCGGGCCGCGGCCUUUGAUCAAGAUGGAAGAGGGCCGUGAACACGGCUAUCACCACCACCACCACCACCAUCACCACCACCACCACCAUCACCAGCAGCAGCAGCAGCCGUCCAUUCCUCCUCCCUCUGGCCCUGAGGACGACGUCGUGCCCAGCACUUCCAUGUACUUCAAGCAGUCUCCGCCGUCCACGCCAACCACACCAGGCUUCCCCCCGCAGGCGGGGGCGCUGUGGGACGACGAGCUGCCCUCGGCGCCUGGCUGCCUCGCACCGGGCCAGCUGCUGGACCCGCAGAUGAAGGCGGUUCCCCCAAUGGCUGCUGCGCGCUUCCCGCUAUUCCACUUCAAGCCCUCGCCGCCGCACCCUCCAGCGCCCAGCCCAGCGGGCGGCCACCACCUCGGCUACGACCCCACAGGCGCCGCUGCACUCAGCCUGCCCCUAGGAGCCGCGGCCGCCGCCGGCAGCCAAGCUGCUGCACUCGAGGGCCACCCGUACGGGCUCCCGCUGGCCAAGAGGUCGGCCACGCUAACCUUCCCACCGCUGGGCCUCACAGCCUCCCCUACGGCGUCCAGCCUUCUGGGAGAGAGCCCUAGCCUGCCAUCGCCACCCAACAGGAGCUCAUCAUCCGGCGAGGGCACGUGUGCGGUGUGCGGGGACAAUGCCGCCUGCCAGCACUACGGGGUACGCACCUGCGAGGGCUGCAAGGGCUUUUUCAAGAGAACGGUGCAGAAAAAUGCAAAAUAUGUUUGCCUGGCAAAUAAAAACUGCCCAGUGGACAAGAGACGCCGCAAUCGAUGUCAGUACUGCCGAUUCCAGAAGUGUCUCAGCGUCGGCAUGGUUAAAGAAGUUGUGCGUACAGAUAGUCUGAAAGGGAGGAGAGGCCGGCUGCCUUCCAAACCAAAGAGCCCACUGCAGCAGGAGCCCUCGCAGCCUUCCCCACCGUCUCCUCCCAUCUGUAUGAUGAAUGCCCUCGUCCGCGCUUUGUCAGAUGCGACACCCAGAGAUCUGGAUUAUUCCAGAUACUGUCCCACUGACCAGGCCACUGCAGGCACAGAUGCCGAGCACGUGCAGCAAUUCUACAACCUUCUGACGGCCUCCAUCGACGUGUCCAGGAGCUGGGCAGAAAAGAUCCCGGGAUUCACUGAUCUCCCCAAAGAAGAUCAGACAUUACUUAUAGAAUCAGCCUUUUUGGAGCUGUUUGUUCUUAGACUUUCCAUCAGGUCCAACCCUGCUGAAGAUAAGUUUGUGUUCUGCAAUGGACUUGUCCUGCAUCGACUUCAGUGCCUUCGUGGAUUUGGGGAGUGGCUCGACUCCAUUAAAGACUUUUCUUUAAAUUUGCAGAGCCUGAACCUUGAUAUCCAAGCCUUAGCCUGCCUGUCAGCACUGAGCAUGAUCACAGAGCGACAUGGGUUAAAAGAACCAAAGAGAGUGGAGGAGCUACGCAGCAAGAUCACGAGCAGCUUAAAGGACCACCAGAGGAAGGGGCAGGCCCUCGAGCCCACAGAGCCCAAGGUCAACCGUGCACUGGUGGAACUGAAGAAGAUCUGUACCCAGGGCCUCCAGCGCAUCUUCUACCUGAAGCUGGAGGACUUGGUGGCCCCACCUUCGAUCAUCGACAAGCUCUUCCUUGAUACCCUGCCUUUCUGAGCAGGGAACCCCUUGCUCUGCUGGCAAUUGAUCACUAAGCUAGCUAAAGGAUGGAUCUGAACACCCGCCACUCCAUCCUUCCUUCAGGGGAAAGCAGCUUCCAUAGAAAGCAAAGACUUUUUUUUUUUUUUCUGGUACCUUUCCUUACAACCUAAAGCCAGAAACCUUGCAGAGUAUUGUGUUGGGGUUGUGUUUUAUAUUUAGG